GGCUGCGCCCAUGUGGAGGCGUGGCUGGGCUUGUAGCUGGCGCGCUGGCUGACUGCAGAGCUGACACUUCCUGGAAGAGGUUUCCAUGGAGCAACCAGAGCACCUGCUCCCGGUGGGAUUCCCGGCAUUGCAGAAUGACACAUUCCUGCGUGCAACUCGGGGUGAAGAGUGCCAACAUGUGCCUGUGUGGUGUAUGAGACAGGCAGGGAGAUACCUGCCAGAGUUCAGAGAGACUCGCGCUAGUCAGGAUUUCUUCGCUUCGUGCCGAAGCCCCGAGAUCUGCUGUGAACUAACCCUGCAGCCGCUGCGGAGAUUUCCUCUUGAUGCCGCCAUCAUUUUUUCCGAUAUCCUAGUGAUACCACAGGCACUAGGAAUGGAAAUCCGAAUGGAACCUGGAAGGGGCCCUGUCUUCCCAGAACCUCUGCAGACUCCAGAGGACCUCCAGAAGCUUAAGUCCAAAGUAGAUGUUAAGCAGGAGCUGGGCUAUGUGUUUCGUGCCAUCACCCUGACACGGCACAAAAUAGCUGGAAAGGUGCCCCUUAUUGGAUUCACAGGGGCCCCGUGGACCCUGAUGACCUAUAUGAUAGAAGGAGGUGGCUCGAACACCAUGUCCAAAGCCAAACGUUGGCUGUACCAGCAACCCUCUGCUAGCCACCAGCUAUUGCGCCAGCUCACGGACAUCAUUGUAGAAUAUCUUGUGGGUCAGGUGGCAGCUGGUGCCCAGGCUCUCCAAGUUUUUGAAUCUCAUGCUGGAAUCCUUGGGCCUCAACAGUUUGCAGACUUCUCUCUGCCGUAUCUCCAGGAGAUCUCCCGGAGAGUGAAGGAGAAGCUAAAAGCAGAAGGGCUGGAGCAAGUUCCUAUGAUCGUGUUUGCGAAGGAUGCUCACUAUGCACUAGAAAACUUGUCUCAGUCUGGUUAUGAAGUGGUGGGAUUGGACUGGACAAUCCGACCCCAGGAAGCCAGGGAACGGACCGGAAAUCGAGUGACUCUGCAGGGAAACAUGGAUCCCUGUGCCCUGUACGCUAGCAAGGAAGGUAUUGAGAAGACUGUACAGAAAAUGAUAGAAAGUUUUGGCUGUCGAGGAUAUAUUGCAAACUUAGGCCAUGGCUUGUAUCCAGAUAUGGACCCUGAACAUGUUGGAGCCUUUAUAGCUGCUGUUCACAAGCACUCAGAAUGCAAGAAGUAAUCUGGAAGCGGACACUGUGACAAGCCCAAGAGGAGGGCAGUGUGAACACAUCGCUCUGUACAGCAGGAGUGCGGUUAAUACGUUCACAUAGAGAAUGUUUUCACAAAUUUACAGUUCAUUUACUUUUUGUAGCAAAUAAACUAAUGUAAUACAUAUCCAGACAACACAUUGAAAUGCUUAAAUCUUUUUUGAGAUUGCAAAAACC